ACUUGAACUAGGAAAGUUGCAACUUGCAAGUGAGCGGAAAGGUUGUGAGAUUUUCAUUAGGAUUUCGGGCGCUUUGGAGGGAGCCGACAUGGAGGACGCAAAGGAGUUCUAGUUAGAUAUUAACAGCCCAUGCCCCUAAGCAACGUGCGGACCUCGUUCCAUCGAGAAACAGAACAAAUGGCGACCAUAAGCCCCGGAGGAGCGGACGCUGUGACCGAGCGGCGGAACCAAGAGAAUAUGCCGCCCGGAUUGCGGCUUGCUGGCAAGGAGAACCGGGAGGAUGCGAGCGCCAGACCGACUACCCGGACAGUGCUGGGGGCGCUUCCGCAGAACAACCAACGGCGCCGGCCGCCGUCGCAGCGCGGAGCCAAGGUCGCAGCCUCUCAAGUGUCCUGCAAAAACGAAGAUGAUUGUAAAGGUGCUGUGGGGAGCAAACAGCCCCCGUUCCAGAUCCACUUGGAUGAACCAGAGGUCCCAAAGAAGCAGGAGCCAGUUAGAACAAAGGCACCAGGAAAUGCCCUUCUACCCCUGCACCCAACAGUUACUGGCCUCCGACAGCCGCUUGCGGCUAUUGAAAUGCCCAUGGAAGUCAGUUUUGACUCCCCGAUGGAUAUGUCGAUAGUCGACGCUGAGGAGAAGCCGCCAACUGUGAGCCAAGCUGCAGAUUAUGCAUCUGAGAUCCACACGUACUUAAGAGAGAUGGAGCUGAAAUCGAGACCGAAAGCAGGUUACAUGAAAAAGCAGCCUGACAUCACCAGCAGCAUGAGGGCCAUUCUUGUCGACUGGCUCGUCGAAGUUGGCGAGGAGUAUAAGCUCCAGAACGAGACUCUCUACCUGGCGGUCAACUACAUCGACCGUUUCCUGUCCUCCAUGUCUGUGCUGAGAGGAAAGCUGCAGCUCGUCGGCACGGCUGCCAUGCUCCUGGCCUCGAAGUUUGAGGAGAUCUACCCCCCAAUGGUGUCAGAGUUCGUCUAUAUCACCGAUGACACGUACACAAAGAAGCAGGUCUUGAGGAUGGAGCACCUUGUCCUCAAAGUCCUGUCCUUUGAUCUUGCUGCUCCUACGAUCAACCAGUUUCUCACCCAGUACUUCCUGUGUCAGCCGGUCUGUAAAAACGUUGAGAGCUUGUCACUGUUCUUGGGUGAGCUGAGCUUGAUCGACUCGGACCCUUUCCUGAAAUACCUUCCGUCACAAAUGGCCGCAGCAGCGUUCACUGUGGCGCACUACACGGUUUCUGGAGGAUCCUGGACGGAGCCUCUGGAGCAGAUGACUGGCUACACCCUGGAGGCUCUGACCCCUUGCAUCAUGGAUCUACACCAGACCUACCUCAGUGCCUCCCGGCAUGCACAGCAGUCCGUCAGGGAGAAGUACAAGACUUCGAAGUACCACACAGUCUCCCUCAUCGAGCCACCAGAGAAGCUGAUCCUGAAUUGAUUUUAAUCUUAUUUUGCCCCGUUAACAUUUGUAGGUUUUGUACAGUUUUAUAAUCCAUCGGGGGCUCCUUUUGACCCGUGUAAUGUUACUUUUAAUCAGUUUUUAAUGUGCAAUCUUGUAGCUUUUUGUUACAUUUGAUACAGCCUGAAAUUUUGAAUUCUAGUUAAUCACGUUUUUAAAAUUGGGAGUCCGCUUGUUGCUGAGGUGUGAUUGCACUGCCGUGACAUCUGCUUUGACCAUUUCUUCAAUAAAGCUGCUGUACCAGCCUGCUCCCCUA